CCAGAUGCAUCUCUGUGUUGCGCCUUGCGAUUGGACCUUGGGAGAGAAGCGCCGCCGUCUCAUUGGUUACUAAGAGAGACGGGGCGCGCGUUUCUGCUCGCUCUCGCGCUGGCUUUGUGUGUGUGUAUGUGUAUGUAGCCGAAGUCGCGGGACACUAGUGCGUGCAGCGGGAGACAGACGCCGCAGCGGGAGACGCGCCAGCCCGCCGCCUGCGGGAAUCAUGGAGGAGCUGAGCGCCGUCGGGGAGCAGGUCUUCGCGGCGGAGUGUAUCCUGAGCAAGAGGCUUCGAAAGGGCACCGCGGAGUACCUGGUGAAAUGGAGAGGCUGGUCCUCCAAACAUAAUAGCUGGGAGCCAGAGGAAAAUAUUCUGGAUCCGAGACUUCUCCUGGCAUUCCAGAAGAGGGAACAAGAGAGAGAACUGCGCAACAGAAAACGAGGGAAAAGGCCACGAGGAAGGCCACGUAAGAAUGUGGAAUCCGAAGUGCCUCCAAAAGCAAAGUCAAGCAGUUCAUCGUCAUCCUCUUCUUCCUCAUCAUCCUCCUCUUCAUCGUCAUCCUCUUCCUCUGAUGACAGUGAUGCAGAGACGCAGCGAUGCUCCAGACCUCGGGAUUCACACCCAGUUCCACAGAAGAAAGCACAGGCUGUGGUGGUAAGGCCAGAGCUAAAGGAACAGUUGCGCAAGAAGAGAGGGAGGAAGCCGUUGCCCCCUGAACAGAAGGUCCUUAGAAGGGCAAAGGGAGCAAAGCCUGGGCCUAAAAGUGCAGCAGAAAAACUGCAGUUAGGCCACAGCACACAAGGAUUCUCUGCCCUCAAAUCCCAUUCCAAAGACCUACCAGUUUCCAGCAAUAACAGACAAGGCAAUCUGUCUGCAGAGUUACUUUCAAGCAUAGCCAAAAACUCUCCAUGUCUUCCUAAUGGGAGCUCCCCUCGUAGCCUGAGCUGGCAAAGCUCUAUUGUGCAUUAUAUGAACCGCAUAACACAGAACAACUCCCAGCCAGGUCGGAGGCCAGUUGGUUCUGCUUUCACCUCAAAACGAAGCGGUCAGACUCCAGAUGCCAAGAGCAUCGCCAAAGCACAGGUGGAGAAUACUCCAGCUGCUCUGAAAACUGGCAAAUUGCAUGAAACAGAGGAACAGACUGGUUCUCAGAUUAGCCAAUCCGUGCCAAGUGGCGGAAUGCUCAACAGAGGGAACACCACCCAGACUGUAUCUGUACAGAACAAGACUCAAGGUGCAUCGGUUAUGGGGACAUUUGGGGGCAAAUCAUCUGUGCACUCUCCCCAGAAAAAUAACAAUCUCCCCUCCCUUGCAGCAACCACCAGCUGUAAGACAGAUAAAAUGGUUGGAAAGACUGGAAGUAUAGGUCCAGUAAAGACUGGACUUACUGGGCCCACAAGGGAUGUCGCCACUGUGGAGAGAGGACAGCAGGCAGAGGCUCACAGGGAGAUGGCAGAGCUUAGCACUGGGGAAGACAGCAGUCUGGACUCUGAUCAUGAUUCUUCACUUUCCAGCCAGGAUAUGUCUGUCCAGGCUGGUCAAGACUGGAAACCAGCCCGCAGUCUGCUUGAGCAUGUUUUUGUGACUGAUGUCACUGCCAAUCUAAUCACAGUCACUGUCAAGGAAUCUCCCACCAGUGUUGGCUUCUUUAACAUGCGGCCAUUCUGAGAGUAGAAUGGAUGUGCAUGCGUGGCCAUAAUUAAGCUUGUUCAAUCUAUAAAGCAGCUCAUGUAAGGAGCUAGGCUGUAUUUAACACACAACUGCUAUUAUUUUAUAGUGUUUGAUCGAAGCCUUCAAUUUAAAUUUAAAGUUGGUGUCCGCUCUUCAACUCUGGUACAACUUCUGCUCAAUAUAAGUUGAUAUCGUGACUCCCUGUUAUCUGAAACCUGGUGAAGGGCACUGGUGCAGCCUGCUUGUCUUCACUGCAGUGAAUUACUUGUCCAGAGCUGUUCCAUGCAGUCCUGUAGAGGGGCUGUGGCUGGAUGGAGUCCUGCAAAUGAUUGGUGACUCAAUUGUUUAGCCCGAAUAGUGGUUGAGGUGAAGCAUGUUAUUUGUUGGGAUUGUCCAAAAGUAGACCAUGUUUAAUUAUCAAACAAAUAUAGAAGAUACAAAGCUUAUUGGGCGAUAUUCAGUUGUUUCUCUUGCUGGCAGCCAGUAGAUGCUGCCCAACGGAGCUAUUCAAUUGUUGCUCUGUUAGGGCCCAAUCUCCUGCCACUUGAGACGUGAGAUCGGAAGCGGUUAAACAGUUGAAUAUAACCCAUUAAAGGAAGGGUCUGGAAUAUUUGUUUUAUUUAACUUUUGAUGUACUGUUAUCUUGCCACAGUUCUUUCCUUCAGGAGUGCACACAAUCAUGUAAGUUCCAGAAACCCAUUAAUCAAAUUCAAGAAGCAUUUGUCUUUGAAUACAAGAACACCCUUUAAUAUCUAUAGAAAUGACGACAAGAUCAUUUUUUAGGUGCUCCAGAUGCUUGACUCCUGACGUUUGUCCAGCCCUGCCUUACUCCUAUAGCACUUUUGUGGCAAAGAGACAAACCAGAGAAAUAGACCAACAGUGAAUAUUUGUGUUUGGUAUAGGUUACUUUAAUUUAAGGUUCUGUAUGGUAGACCAUUAUCUGGGACAUAAAUGAUGCAGUCAGAUUUAUUUUUAAGCAUCCUAAAUUAAAUGACUCUCCACAAAUGUAUGACUUUACCUAAUGUGGUAGUGCGGAUUGCUAUUUUGGACUUUGCAUAUGUAAUUUACCUGUGUAAACAACAUCUGCAAAUUUAAAUGAAGGUCAUGGUUUAAGUAGAAUAGAGGUCAUUGUAAUUUAAUUAACCUUUUGUAAGUUGCAGCUGAGCACUUCAGAGACUUAAUAAUCCUUCAGUAAUUAAUACGUUUCUUACUGUAGUUUGGGGGAAUUUCUGCAGUAAUUCUAUCUUUGUGUAGAAUCAUUUUAGAAGGGUGACUUUAUUUUGAAGAGUGCUGUAUAUUCGAUUGACAAUAAGUGUCUACUUCAUGUUGACACUGAAAUGUUGACAUGACUACCAUGUCAACUAGGUAGUGCUGACUUCUACCCUUAAUGGUAUUGUUGGCAUGUCAUUACUGCAUACUGGCUUGAGUACAAACUAAAAUAAUCCCAGGCUUCACCUUAAUUGGCAACGUAUUCAUUAGAGCGUUGCAAGUUAACAUUUCCUGUGGACCAGAUCUCAUGGCUUCAUGUAUGCUGACUUCUUAAGGUUUGUCAAGAAGUCCCCAAAAAAACUCAAGGUGGCUGCCUUACACUAUUCUUUGGGGCUGUGUUUUUUCCAGCUGUAUUUUGUGUAGAGCUUUCCUCCUCUUACAGCAUUUGGCAGCUUGAGAAAUCAAGUAGGGAACAGUUUGCAGUCCUAACUAGAGAGGAAUAUAUUUUCUGAUUGUCCCUUUGCAUAAAAGGUGGUUGGCAUUGGAUGGAGCUGCUAGCCCAGCAUACUGAAACCUGUAGCUUGCGUGGAGUAUUGGUAGUGCUAGAUGAAUCCAUGGUGAUGGAUUCCUUUUUAAAAUACUUUAUAGCGUGUCAUCAUUUUCCAAAUAUUAAAUGUGCCUUUCAAACUUUCUGUAGCAGCUCGAACUCAAGAGCUUUGAUAGAUGUGAGCAUAUAGUGAGGCUUAAACUUGCUUGUGUGGUCAGGGUAAUUUGCAAAUAACAUUUGCUGCAUCUGCAAGGGAAUUUACUGCUGAUUUCAGUGAUGUUGGCAUCUGGUCUGAUUUUUGUAUUCCAAUUUUCUAUUAAAGGGGUAGCGUGUAAUGUUUGCUUUUUAAACAAGUUUCUGAACAUCCAUAUGCUACUUAAGAGGUAAAACAUGUUGCGUCACUAGUGAUGUGAGUGGUCUCUGCUGUGUGGAAAGCUGCAGCUUAUGCUGUACGUUCUGUUGCAUGCAGCAGCUUACAGUACAAACACGUUUGUGCACAAUCUUAUCACUGACACUUGGCAAAAACCUUCUAAUAUGUUCACUCAGUGUUUUACAUUUUAAUUUAAAUUUACUAUUAACACAUCUGAUCAUAAGACUUGUACAUAUAACGUCAAGUCAUUUUGGUGCAUUUCUGUCUUCAUACUGUUUUCUCAGCCAAAGUAAGAUAUUUAUUUAAAUUGAACAAUGGUCCCAAGUAGCCAUGUUUGUGGUAAAAUAAGUUGCCUUAGCUCAAACGUUAUUUCUUUGUAAAGAAAUGUUUUGCAAAGCAUGUAUAUUUGUUAAAAAAUGUUACCUCUUAUACUGAGCUUACUUAAGUGCUAAUGAGUUGCUGACACAUAAUUUGCCAAGGACUAUGGUCCCACCAUAGAACACGCAAUAAAUAAGCGACUUGUAAACAAACUCAGUCAGCCAGCAGUGCAUUGUGCUUAAUUAAAAAGUUAGUGUCUAUAGGUUCGGUAUGAUAUCCUGUCGCACGGGAAGCUGAUUGUCAGUAUACACCGACAUCAUCAUCCUGAGUGGUGGAAUGCCGGCAGGGGUGCGAGCGCGAAGAAGCCCCUUGUGGGCUUGCUGCGCUCAGUGGCGAGCAAAGCCUGCCACAGGUUCUAUUCUCGCAUAUAUGGGUGUCGUGGACACACCUAUGUCGCUGUUAUACCGGUAAUUGGUAUGGUGCCCCGUUGGGAUCCCGGUGUCGGUAUUGUGACAGCCGGGAUCCCAACGAGCGGUAUGCUAACCGCAUACUGUGUUCAUCGAUGAUACUCCCUGUGCAAGGCAAUAUGGAAUUAUACGCCAUCAUUUGGAACCCAGUGUUAACAUCCCAGAUCAGAUUUGUGAGUGAUUUUUAAAGGCUUGGGUCUUUUGGGUACUGGGUUCCCUUUUGUGAGUAAUGUUUUUUUUCACUGUGCAGUGAUCAAUAAGUGACCUUUUUAUAGUUUAAGGGUCAUUUCUAAAAUAAGUUUCCGUUCAUUGGAGAAAGCAUGAACCAAAAAUGUGCCCAAACUUUCUUAACUUGCAGCCUAUACUGUUACAUGGUGUCAUAGCAAGGCAAAUAUACAUUGCCUGCUAAUUAUGCAGCUUGUAGCUGUUGUAUAAGGUGUCUCAUCUCACUAGUUCAUGGGUCUGCAACCUGCGGCUCUCCAGCUGCUGUGGCGCUACACAUCCCAGCAUGCCCUGGAGAGCCGCAGGUUGCAGACCCAUGCACUAGUUCAUAUAACCUGAUAGUUCUGACUAUACUGAUGUUCGUGCAGUGAGCAAUUGGGAAAGCUGAAUUUAAUUAAAACUGGAUAAAUGUAAAAAUUUUGACAAAUGAAAAAUGCCGUAAUUGGUGAAUGCUUGAAAUUCUGUAUUGUUACCCUUAUAACUUCUGAGACACCAACCACAAAGUAAACCAUUACUUGUAUCCACCUUCCUCAUGGACCAUGCAUGCAUACCUGUAAUUAUUUCCUGACUAAACGUGGGAUAGGUUACCACUUUUUCCCGUGCUAGUGAGGUCAUACACUUUUUUUCCAAUAGCUGACAUUCAUUAUGAUUGCCUGCAGCAGGGGUUCUUUAACAUGUGGUCUGCCAGCUGUUGUGGAACUACACAUCCCAGUUUUGUAAUUAAGGGGCAGAUUCAAUUAGCCUGCGGUUAAUUACCACUGCUAAUAGAUCUGUCAGAGCUAUUCAGUUAUAACCUGCAGGCUGCAGUUAAUGCGGAUUUCUGUAAGUCUGAGGUUGCUGCUGCUGCAAAGCUAUUAAGUCAUAGCUCCAGGAACUUGGCCCACAUUCUAUGGGUUAACGUAGUAGCGGGUAUUUACCAGGAGGAAAGGGGGCUGUACUUGAAUAGCUUCAGCCGUUGAGGCUUAAGGCUAUGACCCUUUUCCCCUCACAGUAAAUUAUGCAUGUAACUGAAUUCAGCCCUAAGGCAUGCUAGAAGUGAUUGGCAAGCUGGGAUGUGUAGUUCCACAUUUGAAGUGCCGCAUGUUGAGUAUCUCUGGACGACAGCUUUCACGGGUAUCACAUACUCACAUGUACCCAGUUGAUCAAUUCUAGUGUUCUUUUCACUUCGCUCAAUGUUGCCUUCUUAUACACAUGUAAUGCUUGUGGAGAAAUUACCUUGACUUAUCAGAAUAGAGAAUUGUAUCAUUUGAAUAGAAAAAAUAUAUAUUUUUUUUAAUCUAAUUUCUUCUGUUGCUGACCUUAUUAAAAUAAUCAUAUCUAUGGUGUUCAUAUUUUUUUUGCUCUGCUUGACUCUGUUAACGUUUCUCUUAUGUGUUAAGCUUUUAGCUCUUUAAUUUAUUAUUUGCUGAAAACACUAGAACAGUUUAAUGUAAACAGUUUUGUACACAGAUUCCAUUUUUGUAUUGUUGCGUAUCAAUAAAAUAUUUUUGUAACGUUUUCAGUCAGUGUUCAGUGGGCAUCUUACUUGGAGUAUUUUUACUGCCAAUAAAGGUACAUACCUACUAGAAA